GAACAAGUAGAUUAUUUGGCAAUGUUGCUUUUUUUAGGAUGUUGUUUAGUUUGAAGAAAGCUCUGUAAGAAUAUUCUGAAGCUGUUGUCCUGGUUCGUGAUUCACGAAUGAGUUAUGUAGAGCUAUAGCCAGCUGAGAAGGUCCGGUUACUGGUUACCUGUUACCCGGACAAGUGUGCUGGCAACAGGCUCGUCUUAAAGUAUCGACCGUGACAGUCGCUCGAUUCCAGUCACAGUUUUGUCUGAUAGUUUUCUGACAAUAAUUUCACUCCUUCUUUUUUUUUUUUGUUACAUUCUCAAUCAUAUAUCCAUUAUUAAAAUGUAUGAAAAUCGUCACAGCCAAUAGAAAUAUUAAAAUUCUUUUUGUUACUAGGCAUCAUUCGGAAGAACAAUGCGAAAACGUUUCUGUGUUCCUCUGUUCUCAAGUACUAAAAGGAAAUGACUCGGUUAAUGAAUGAAUCAUAUUCUCCACCAACUCUGAUAUAGUGUAACAGUCAAAUUUUUAAUUAGUUUAGACGCACUUUACGGAUUAAAAACUUUCUCUUUGACACGAUUGAAUUAUACAUUCAAUUUUUGACGUUGAAUUUUGUAUUCAAUUCUACUGAUCAUGAUCGCAAUAAAAAAAUAAAAUAGAUAAUAUUAAAUAAUCGUUUACUAGUUAUGCCUCUUCGCUUCUUAGACAAUAGAUAAUAAUUCGAAUUAUUAUCGAUCGAUAAUAGAUGCUAAUGAAAGAUAAUUGAUACCACAAUCAAAUUUUAGAAUGAAAUAUUAUCAAGUAAUAACACAAUUUAGUGAAUUUGUGUCAAUAAUGCUUUCAGUUGAUAUCGUAUGCAUUUUAGUAGGUAGAGAAAUGAUAUUUAUAUUUACAUAUAAUUCUCACGAUAUUUCUGCGAUAGUAAAACUAGUUUAUAAAUAAUCGAACUCGUAAAUUGCCUUUAGCAUCACAUUGUUAAUGGUUCCUAAUAAUAUAACGUCACUGAAUGUAAAGUUGUAACUUAUUUUCCUGAACGGUCCAGCAUUCAUACGUAUUUCUUCAUUCAACAAACUUAAACAUCAACUUCAAACAAUAAUACAAUUCUUUAAACAUGUCAACUGCAUGGAUAUUCCACAACGUUGUUCGAUAUUUCCAAAAUAUAAUUAACCAUUACAGAAUGACCUCAAGAGAAGAUGGUGAUUUAAUCGAUCUUGGAAACGACAGUUGUGUGCCACAGGUACCGAUUCAAGAAUCAUCGCCUGACGAGCAGGAACAUCUUCUCGACGUGUGCUUACCGAAGUUAGAGCAAGCAUUGUCAUUGACAAAAAAGCAAGAACAAGUACAAUGUAUAAGCGACAAUGGCGAUGUAUUAGUCACGUUAGGUCACGACCAAGUGGUGCCGAAUCAUAAAAGAAUCGAUGUCGUUUCAUCCGAUACGAUAAAAAGGAUUCGUGACAUAACUAAGAACUUAGAACCUGUUAUAAGAAAGACUUGUUCCGACAUUAACGAAGAGCAUCAAGACACUGUUGAUUAUGGAAAUUCAUCAAGAAAUAAAGACGAACCUUGUCCUAGCGAAAAGUUCGAAGACGAGACGUUCGAGGCACAGGAGAUCAAUAAUGCUUUCAAUUUUCUGACAGAACAUGACGACAACGAGGAUCAGACUGACGUGAAGUGUAAUCAUUACGAUCAAGUUAUAAACUCUGGACUAGUCUUAUUAACCUGCCGUGCUACAAAAAACGAAGAUUUAUUGAAUUACCACGGCAAUGAUUCCUCGCAAGUUCUAAACUGUUGGGAAGCAGACACUGAUUUAAACGAUCCAGCUUUUGAAUUAUGUCCGGGUAAACUUUCUGGGAAUAUUUCGAGGAAGAGUAGGUCUGAUCCUGUUGAUUAUAAUGAACUCGAAGUGAAUGACAUUGGUUUUGAAAAACAAACAUUUACACGAACAAAUAAAAGAGGAUCAUUUCAGCAUAUGUAUCGUAAAUCUUGGACGGAAGGAACUACACUUACAAAUGCGUCGCAAGAUAUAUUUUCUCGAUUCGAUAGGUCAACCAGUUUAAGGGAAUAUAAUUGCGAGCCAUCGACUUCCAAUGACAUUCAUCAGCAAUCCAGCUUUAUUUCGAGCUGUUCAGCGAAAAAAGGACUGGAAACGAAUGGAGACGAUCAAGAGGAUGGAUGUUCAGAAUGUUCGGAAGUAGAUUGGUCGUGGUUGGAGGAAGUAGAAUAUCCGCGGGCUACGGAGUCGUUAGCACCCGGUGUGAUUGACGCGGUUCAGGAGAACACCGAAGGAGGGAAUGCAUCCCCCACCAGUGAAAAUACAAGGCGCAGGCGCGGCCGCGAGCACCAGGCUACCGAGGCGGGCUGCAGUGCUGCGAUGUCUGUCUCUGGGACGGUAAAGUCCUUAGUGGUUAAUGGUUCACGAUGGUCAACUGCCGAUCCACUAUCUGACUAUAACGGCAAUAAUGAAGAUGAAACUGUACAUUGUAACAACGAGACUAUCAAUCGGGAAACACGCGAUAACCCUACGCUUGUUAACUCCUGGGUACGGGCCUCAAUGAGACGUUUGCGCCACUUGAGAUUACCAGAAGAAACUGAACGACAACGAAACAUCGAUUCGAAUAAUUGCCGCGGAACAAUUGUGUCCGCGCCAAACUCCCUGCCAGACAUUGCUUUAAUUGCUCCGGAAAUAUUAGCUGCCCAAACAAACGGUACUUCCGGCACCCUCAGGCCAUCCAGCGCUCCUGUAAGAAACUUAAAUAAUUCAAACGUAGUGCCAUCACGGAGAGGUGGAAGACAAUUUAGAGCAAGUCGAUCACAAAGGACGAGGAGCCGCGAAGUCGCUUCGAGGCAAAGCAGCGUUUUAUCGUCGACCACGGGCAGUGACACAACUGCUUCAGGAACCACGACGUGCUCCAGCUCUUUUGGCGGUGCUUCCACAAGUCCACCUUCCAGCACGGCGACAAGUCCGCAACGUAUCAGUUCCAGACGAGUAUGUGACAGACAAAGAGAUGUUGAUAGGGAUGAGGAUAGAGGAGAAGAUGAGGAUGAAGAUGCUAAUCCAUUGGGGAAAUGGCCACAUGCUCUUAGUCCAGCCUUGGCGUGCCUCAGUUGUACCCUUGGUCUUUUCAAUAUAAGUAGAUUUUCUAUUCUUAGUGUACAAUUCGGAGCAAAUUUCAUUGUACAGUUUCUGAUUUUGUCUUUGGUAUUGGGUAUCCCACUUUUGACAUUACACGUAUGUCUCGGUCAAAGAUUGGCGGCUGGAUCCGUAGAUAUGUGGAAAAUUUCACCCCUCUUCCAGGGUGUUGGUAUAGCUCUUCUAAUUGCACAAGCAUUCAUCGGUAUUUACAGUAUCGUUGGUGUAUCCUGGAUGUUCGUGUACUUUAGGGAUUCGUUUAUAACGAAGCAGGAUAAGUACCGAUGGGCAGAACCGUUUUCCUUGUACAGAGAAGAUAAACCUACGCAGAAUAAUAGUAAUUUGCAUAAAUUAUACGAGACAGUACCAGAUUAUUUUAGUGGGGCUGUUUUGCAAAGACAUCAUUUAAACGAGUCAGAUCCUGGUGUCGUAACGUUAAAAUUUCAAGUAGCUUUUAAUUUAGCUGUUGUAUGGAUGAUCGUGUUUGUAUCAUUAAGCAAAGGUUUGAGAUCCUAUGGCAAAGUAGUAUACGUUUUUACAUUGGUGCCUGUAUUUGGUACUUUGGUUCUUUGUACGAAAUUACUUGGUCUCACGCCACCAGGCUCCAUACAUCAACUUUUUCCUGCCACAGUAUGGACUGAGUUUUUCAUUAACGGCAAAUCAUGGAUAGCAGCAUCCAUUGAGGUUUUCCUCACUUGGGGAUUACUUGGUGCAGCUGCUAUGCAGAUAGCUGCUCAUAAUAAGCACAAGCAUCUAUUACAACGAGACACAAGUUUAGUAAUUGUAUUAACUAUCGCAGUUCUACUUCUCGCAGCUUUUCUGGCAAAUACUUGCGUACAAGUUCUGAAACAUCACGGAUAUAUUUACAUACCUAGUUCGUUUGAAAGAAUAUCAUCAUACAUGUUUAUGAGACCCGUGAACCAGCCAGCACCACCGGGAUACAGCAGUACACCAGAAAGAUUUAUGGCACAUGCAUCGUUUAUUGUUGGAGAACGUGUAACUCGUCCUGGUGCAGACUUCAGCGUUGAAUCUGGUUAUCAAGUCUUGAGAUUUUCGACUGAAUUAGUUCCUGCGACGUUGGCGUUACUAGGCACUGAGCAAGUGUCGCCGUUCUGGGCAAUCCUUUUUUAUUUUAUUCUUAUACUAUUUGGAAUAGCUCAACAGCUAGCAAUAUGGCAUUGUGUGAUAACUGGUAUCAUGGCAAUCAAUGCGAAAAUGAUGAAGUUAUGGGAAACUACUAUUACAUUCUUCAGUUGUGCUUGUGCUUACAUAUUAGGUUUACCUAUGGCUACCGAGAAAAUGAGUAAUCGAGUUAAUUCUAUAGUACGGCGAAGCGUAGCUUGUUACUUUUGCAAUGAAUUUCUAGAAGAAAAAUAUCUACAUGAUCACGUGAAACAUUGUGGAUCGGUCUUAGAAGAAUGUCCUUUCAAAUGUGGAGUUUACGUGCCUCGAAAUAUUAUGGAAGGUCAUCGAAAAACAUGCAAAAAUAUUACUAAAGAGAAUAAUCAAUUCAAGGAAGUCCAAGAUUCUUUAUGGAGAAAUAAAGUAUUCUCUGCUCUAACAUUACUUCGUUCUGUAAUAAACAACGAGGAAAAGGAGCGCAGAACUCUUCAGAAUACUAUGUCUCAAUGUUUGAAGUUACUAAAUUCUCAACAAGAAUCGAUUGAUUCUUUGCGAUUUCAAAUUUCCGAGACAACAGAAACAUGUCGCCAGUAUAAUACAACGUUAAAUCAAAGAUUAAAUGAUUUAGAAGUGAUAUAUGAUUGCAUGGAACAACGCACCAGUUCAAGUUUUCAAAGUAUCUCGGAACAACUGAAACUUUUACACGAUCAGUUGAUCAACGAACAAAAUAAGCAUGAUAAAAUAUUUAAUAAUUGGUGUUUAGAAUUAAAAGAUCUAAAAACUUUUAUUAAGGAAGAGAGCGUACACGUAAAUAACAUGUGGCAAGAGCAACAACAGUUAAUUCACGAUCUUAAAUUAGAAUUAGAAAUGAGAUGUAAAAAUUCGAAGGAAUUAGUAGAUCAGCAGAAACAUGUAAUCGAGAAAAUAAAAAAUUUAGAAGAAGAAAUAGAGCGGCAAUCAGAAACCGCAACCAAUCAGAAAAGUAACAUUAAAGAAUUGAAAUUUCAAAUGAAAGAAAAUUUAAAGUAUCUGGAGGAAUUGAUCGCGGAUAAUUCAAAAUCUAAUAGUCCGGAAUUUCUUGAAUGUCCAUGUAAACAGGAAUGUUUCGAACAAUGUUCAACUAAUGGUCGUCUUCUAUGGAGAAUUGAUCGUUAUAAAGAAAAAAUGACCGAGGCAAAAGAAAGUGACUGUGUGAUUUACAGUCCAAAAUUUUUAAACAAAGAAUAUGGAUAUACUUUAAGAAUGAAGCUAUUUCUGAAUGGUAUAGGACAGUGGAAAGAUCGACACAUUAUCGGAUGCUUAGAAGUUGAAGCCGGAAAAUGGGAUCCACUGUUAGAUUGGCCUUGUGUUCUUAAAGCAACAGCCACAUUGAGAAAUCAAGAAAAUCCAGCAAACGAUAUAAAAAAAAUCGUUAAAGCUGUAGGGCAAGACAAAUCGAAUCCUAAGGAUGUGAAUAAAGAAGCUGGCAUUUAUAUGUUUAUCCCACACACGACUUUAACUCGAUAUUCUGGAUAUGUUCAAGACAAUACACUGUUUUUAGAUAUUCAAUUGGGCAUACACGUCGUAUAUUAUCUAGACUACACAAUUGGUGGUACUUGGUGGAUAAUGAUUUUAUACUUGGUGCAAGUUGGUGCUGUAUUCGCAGUACGGGGACGACCACAUAGUGGUGAAGCGGUAGUAGCCGAAUUAUUUCCUCCAACUGGUCGAUGUCUCAGACACUGGGCUGGUCCACUUUUGUCAUUCACGUGGAAUGUCGUACUACCUGUAAUUCUUAUGAUUCUUAGCAUUACGAUAUUUAAAAGUGCUGGAUUUCGAGAACUUUACUCCUAUCGGCGUACCGCUAGAGAAUACUGGUCAAUUUGGGCAAAACAACUCGGAGCUACGAUUCAAUUAGUGCCAAUAUUAACAAUACCGGCAGUGGCUAUCAUACAGACAUGUCGAUACUUGAACAAUGGUCCGCCUGAUAUAUUUGACAGAAUUCAAUUGUUGUAUCGACCAUCUUUGGAACCGGAUGAUUCUCGAGACGGGCAGACGCAUACUGGGAACGAUAUGACUACCAGUAUUCACGGCAAUGGUAUUGUGCAUGCGACAACCGAAGUACCAUUUGAAGAUCCACCACCAAAAUACACACCUCCUCCAAGUUAUACUACAGCAACGGGAGCGAGAAUAGCAAAAAUGUUACGGCAAAGUUUUCGAAGAAGUGUACGUCGAAUAGCGAAUGUGCUCGGCGAGAGCAGUACACCGAGACAGAGACCGGCGCUACAACCUCCACCUCCCGAUUACGCCACUGUACUUGUAGAAAUGAAUCAAAGUAGACAAACGCAAGACGUAACGAUUCACAUAACUGAAAUAAGAAACGAGAACGCCAAUUCGAACAUUCAAAAUAAUGCUACCGAAAGACACAGACCUAACACGAUAGAUAGAACGAUGAGAAUCGGCGCGGUAGAACGUUCAAUAGGAAGAACGCAUUCAACACUCGAAAGAUCUCGUCGAUCAUGUAUGACUUCAUCGAGCAGUUCGAAUUUGACUGCGGUUGAUGUGGCUAAUUUACUUCGUAGUAGCAUUAGAAGAGGGACUACGCGAACUCAACAGUCUCUGCGUAGAAGUUUUUGCCACGACGAGUCGACGGUAGCAGCGUCUGUUGAGAAUCUAGUCGAGGCUGCGGCGCCGAUCGGUGAAGAAUCUUUGGUCCUUCCGAAGGACGUGUCUCUAGUCUCCAAUGAACAGGCUAACGAUAAUAGCGACGAUAAGAAGACUGCCGAAGAAACGGACGAAUCCGUUUCUGUGAUAUAGACUAUAUCUUUCUUUCGAGCCUUUACGAAGAAUAAUAUGACGGUUAUUUAAUUUCUGCUGCAUAGUGUUACGGUGAUUUAUUCCUUGUUUCAUUUAUAUCAAUAUGCAUCUCUGCAAACUAUUCAAUAUGAUAUAAUAUAAACAAAUUGCCGAUGAUAUCAUCGAUGAUAUCAAUAAAUGAAAAAUUAAUUUUAUCUUUUAGACUGAAUUCAGUAUUUUCUAA